UUCGAAGAUGAAUGGAGCAGUUUGAACCAUCGCUGCUGUGCUAUUCGUUGAGACCUGCGCAGAUAACUGUGUGAUGAAGCAUCAGAGAGCGAGUUAAAACCUGCUCUGCUCUUAAGUCUGAUGUUUUUUAAAUUUUGCUCAUCUUUAAAAAAAGAAGUCCACGUCUCCGUCUGUUGGAGGAAUUCCGGCCUGUCAGCUAUUUUGGUUCCUGUCUUGCUUUCACUAUUUUGUGAAAGGAGACGUAAAAAGGAAGGAAGGGGAGAGCGAGAAAGGGGAGGAGGAGAGACAGACCUAUACCGUCCGAGCCUCUCGGGUGCAAGUGUCAGUUGUUUUCAGAGGCAUCUGAGAAGAAAGAAGUGAAGAGACAACAUGGUUCGGUGGUUCCACAGAGACAUCACAGGCCUGGAUGCCGAGGAAAUACUGAAGAAUCGAGGCGUUCAUGGCAGCUUUUUAGCUCGACCCAGUAAGAAAAACGUGGGAGAUUUCUCUCUGUCUGUCAGGGUGGGCGAGCUGGUCACCCACAUUCGGAUCCAGAACACAGGAGACUACUAUGACCUGUAUGGUGGGGAGAAGUUUGCCACUCUGUCAGAGCUGGUGGACUACUACACAGCAGAAAACGGAACCCUGCAGGACAGGGAUGGCACCGUCAUCGAGCUCAAAUACCCCCUCAACUGCUCCGACCCCACCACAGAGAGGUGGUUCCAUGGUCAUCUGUCUGGGCCGAAUGCAGAGAAGCUGCUUGUGGCACGAGAUGAGGCCAAUACCUACCUGGUCAGAGAGUCUCUGUCCAAACCUGGAGACUUUGUCCUGUCGGUUCUAACGGAUGAGAGGGGCAAAUCUGGAGGGAAGAGGGUCUCCCACAUUAAGAUAAUGUGUCAGAAUGACCGGUACACAGUGGGAGGUUCAGAGAAGUUUGACACGCUGACAGACUUGGUGGAGUACUACAAACGCGAAGGCAUUGAGGAGAUCUCUGGGAACUGGGUGUAUUUGAAACAGCCAUAUUACUCCACCAGAGUGAAUGCAGCGGAUAUUGACAGCAGAGUGCAACUGCUGGAUAAGACACAGGGGCAGCAGGAUGGAGAGGCAGAGAACAGCAAGGCCGGCUUCUGGGAAGAGUUUGAUACUCUUCAAAAAAUGGAGGCAAAGUUCAAGAAGAGCAGAGAGGAGGGCCAGAGGCCUGAAAAUAAGAGCAAAAACAGAUACAAGAAUAUUCUUCCCUUCAACGACACCAGGGUCAUCCUGCAGGAGGCUGAUCCUGCUGUUGUGGGUUCAGAUUACAUCAAUGCCAACUAUGUGAAAAACACCCUGCAGGAGACUGGAGAUCAGAAAGUUUACAUCGCCACUCAGGGGUGCUUAGCGACAACCGUCAACGAUUUCUGGCAGAUGGUAUGGCAGGAGAACACAAGAGUCAUCGUCAUGACAACAAGAGAAGUCGAGAAAGGGCGGAAUAAAUGUGUGCCAUACUGGCCUGAUCUCCAGAGCUCCAAGGAGGUGGGUCGAUACGUGGUGACCUCUAAGUCAGAGAGGGAAGCUGCUGAUUACAAAGUUCGAGUUUUGGAGAUGUGUCCUGUGGACAAGCCAAACCAGAGUCGUGCCAUCUGGCACUACCAGUACAUGAGCUGGCCUGACCAUGGCGUCCCUCAGGAGCCAGGUGGUGUCCUCAGCUUCCUCACUCAAGUGAACGCUAAACAGAGAGAAUAUCCUGAUGCUGGGCCCAUGAUCAUCCACUGCAGUGCUGGAAUUGGUCGAACAGGCACGAUUGUGGUGAUUGACAUGAUCCUCGAGACCAUUGACAUUAUAGGUCUGGACUGUGAUAUUGACAUCCCGAAGUACAUCCAGAUGGUGCGAGAGCAGCGCUCUGGUAUGGUGCAGACAGAGGCCCAGUACAAGUUCAUCUAUCUGUCUGUGUCUCAGUACAUACAGACCACCAAGGCCAAAGACUGUGCUUACAUGGAAACUGAGACAGAAUAUGGAAAUCUGCAACUCAAACACCAACCAGCGAACAGGAAGGUCUCAAAGAAUAAGGAAGACGUUUACGAGAAUCUGUCAAAAGGAAAGAAGGAUGUGAAGAAGCAAAAGUCAGACAAGAAAAGCAGCUCAGUGAGGAAAAAAUAAAAGAAACUCAGAAUGUUUCAUCAAAGUACGUCAUAUUGUCAUAUUUAUGCAGCCACUCUUUUGUUAAAGAAUUAGUUUUUUAGUCAAGAUCUUAUACAAAAUAAAAAUUAUUAAAAGGUGUAAAAUUUUUACCUGCUGACAUCAUGAUGUGUCACAUGAAUGCUUGGUUGAUAUUUUUGUUGAAUAAAGAUAGAACAUGUAUAAACA